GCAACGUUGUUGCGCUGAUGCAGCGCUGGCAAAUUACAUCCCCUCCUAUGGAGACCGAAUUGCCCUCUUCAAUUUCUGCAAAAGUCUCCUCUCAAAAUGACUGGAUAGAUUACAUCAGUUCUGCUGCUCACAACAAUGCCAGCAAUGUCAGAUUUGGAUGAUCAUAUCAAACUGUACUUCAGACUUUCUUUCAGUAAUAAAGAAAUACUUGCUAUUUUAGCACAUAACAAUCAGACAGUAAUAAGUGUCCGAACUUUAAAGAGAAUUUGUAAAAGACUUGGUCUGUUCAGGAGGAAGAAUCAGUCUGACUUGGAGCAAGUGCUGGCUUUUGUCCAACAUGAAAUCAUGACCAAUGGUCAGAUGCAGGGUUAUCGGUGGCUACAUCUUCGUGCAGUUCAACGGGGAUUUGUUGUGUCACAAGAUACCAUAAGACGCAUCAUCAAACUGGUUGAUCCGCAAGGUGUGGAAUUAAGACGAGCACGACGCUUGAGAAGACGUCAGUACAGCUGCAGAGGGCCAAAUGCGCUGUGGCACAUGGAUGGCUAUGACAAAUUAAAGCCCUAUGGCAUUGCCAUCAAUGGCUGUAUAGAUGGUUUUAGUCGCUAUGUGUUAUGGAUGGAGGCCUAUACUAUGAACAACGAUCCUAAAGUAGUUGCAAGUUACUUCAUCAAAACAGUUUCAUACAUAGGUGGAUGUCCAGAGAGGAUUCGUGCAGACAGAGGCACGGAAAAUGGUUGUGUAGAAGAAAUGCAGAUGUUUUUGCGGAGAAACCACCCAGACAGUUUUGCAGGGGAGAGAAGUUUCCUUUAUGGAAGAAGCACAGCAAACCAGCGCAUUGAGGGAUGGUGGGGUACCCUCCGCAAACAGAGUGCGCAGUUCUGGAUGAACUUAUUUCAAUCUUUCCAGGAUGAUGGCCACUUCACAGGAGACUUUUUGGACAAAAGUCUUAUACAGUUCUGUUUCCUUAAUCUUGUUCAGGAUGAACUUGACGAAGUCGUCAACACAUGGAAUUCACACAAAAUCAGACAACGUGCAAGUGAUGGCGCAGCCUCGGGUCGGCCGUUUGUGAUGUACUCAUCACUAUUGCUACUACUCAAACCUAUUGCCAUGGAGGAGGUCACUUUGUGUAUGGAAGAGUGUACUCCCAAAGGCCAGUUUCCAUGCGAUGAAACGGUUUUUGAACUGUGUUGUCUACUAAUGGAGGAACAUGGAUGGGAUGCUCCAGCAGAUCCACUUGCUGCAGCUGAUCUGUACAUUUUUUUAAGAGAGGAAAUACAGGAAAAUAUUUGAUGAAUGGAUCAUGUCUGUUAGGUCUGUACUCCCACACAGUACUGUUGUAAACCUGUGUGUGUGUGUGUGUGUGUGUGUGUGUGUGUGUCAUUGGGUGACUGAGUGGCAAAGAGCUACGUAAAGCACUUUGGAUAAAUUAUAUGUAAUUGUAAUUGUGCAAUUGUAUGUAUGUGCUAUGUAGCCAUUUACCAUUUAUGGGGCAAUGGUUGUAUAAUCCAAAAGUUUUAAUUUGUUAAACUGCAGGAACUCAAGAUGACUGCAGCACUAUCCUGACAGAACAUAUACAGAGAACAUAACCAGUAUAGAGCACAAUAAAGACAAAAUGUUUGUACCUAAAUAUCUCUUCAUCAGACAAAGCCAACCCUUGUUUCGACUAUCCACAUUAAAUAGGAAAUGAAAUGUGUGCAGGUACUACGACUGUACAUGUAAUAUAGCAAAACUCAAAAUACAGUAUGAGAUGGAAAACUGGCAGUAUAGACUACAGUAAAGAGGAACUGGCAUGUCUGAACUCUCUGUGAUUCAUAUGAUUUGGUUCCAACCAAGCUAAUAUUGAAAGGUUUAGGUGAAGUUUGAAAGAAAACUACAACUACAUUUUUAUAAACAGGCAAUAAGUGAAAUAUUUUUUAAGAAAUACACUGAUGCAAAAAUGGGGAAAAAUUAAUGUAUUAAGUACUAUUCUGUAUGCAGUGAGGAUAUUUGAGGAAUAAACUGUGUUCUAAAGCUUUUAAGCAGUGGAACAACUUAAUUAAACAUGAGAAGUAUUUUGCUAAAAAUGUAUCAAUAAAAAUAUAGGCUUUCAUAUUCUAUAUAUUCCUUAGAAAUGUCUGACCCUCAGCAGCACCAUUUUCAGGUGUUUUUUCUGCAUCUUUAAAUGACUUGUUCAGAGCCUUAUUCUCACAAUGACUACACAAUGCAGUGUGUAUUACUGUCCACACACUUCUUUCAUAAUUAUUUUUAUUGCCAGCUGAUUUGUGUCCAAUAUG